AAGCAAACCGAGCGGAUGUGAUGCGGCUAGGCAGGAGGCGCAGGGGGCUGUCACACGAAACUGUGUAGUCACUGUGCGGAGCAUCUCGGGUCUGAAAGUAUAAACAUAUUCUGUAAAUAUUUCUGUUUUUGGUUGGUUUCUCCAUCGCCGCCGUCAUGUCUAUUAUGUCAUAUAACGGAGGGGCCGUCAUGGCAAUGCGUGGGAAGGACUGUGUUGCAAUCGCAUCAGACCGGAGGUUCGGCGUCCAGGCACAGAUGGUCACUACUGAUUUUCAGAAGAUCUUCCCCAUGGGUGACAGACUCUACAUCGGCCUGGCAGGACUGGCCACUGAUGUGCAGACAGUAUCCCAGAGGCUCAAAUUCCGCCUGAACCUGUAUGAGCUGAAAGAGGGUCGUCAGAUCAAGCCUAAGACCUUCAUGAGCAUGGUGUCCAACCUGUUGUAUGAGAGGAGGUUUGGACCCUACUACAUCGAGCCUGUGAUUGCUGGCCUGGACCCAAAAACCUUUGAGCCUUUCAUCUGCUCUUUGGACCUGAUUGGGUGCCCCAUGGUAACAGAAGAUUUUGUGGUCAGUGGCACUUGCUCAGAGCAGAUGUACGGCAUGUGUGAGUCGCUAUGGGAACCGAACAUGGAGCCAGAUGCCCUGUUUGAGACCAUUUCACAGGCAAUGCUGAAUGCUGUAGAUAGAGAUGCUGUUUCUGGUAUGGGUGUUAUAGUCCAUGUCAUUGAGAAAGAUAAGAUCACCACGCGAACCCUGAAGGCCAGGAUGGACUAGAGAAACUGCUACUGAUUUCCCUCUUUCGACUCUUCUUUUUGUACUGCAAUACAUUACAAUUCUGGUCCAUUAGUAGUUCUUUUUAACACAAUACUCAAUAAAUUGAUCUAGUUAUUGAU